GCGAUUUGCCAAAAUCCGAAAUCCUCAAAUUGCUCGAUUUCGUUCUUCUCUGAUAUUUUGGAAACUUUGAAGAGUUUCGGAUCUAGUUUCGUCGCCAUGGAUGAGUAUCAAGAGAUGGAGAGAUUUAGUAUGGAUAAUGACUACGAAGGAGGUCGAUGGGAAGGUGACGAGUUCGUAUACGAAAAGAGGAAGGAGAAGCGGAAGCAAACCAAAAACGACGCUACUUACGGAAUCUUCGCUGAGAGCGAUUCGGAUUCGGAUGAUUCUGGCGGCGGCGGCAGUCGUAGGAAGAGGCGUAAGGAUCGUGAUUCGGGAAGGAAUGCCGACUUAACCAAGCCUGUCAAUUUUGUAUCUACAGGUACUGUUAUGCCUAAUCAAGAGAUUGAUAAGGAUUCUAGAGAACAUAAUGAUGAGAAAGAUAGGGAUAGAAUCGAAGAUAGUGAUAUGAUUGAUGAGGAUGUUGAAGUUAGAGGUGGAUUGGGUAUGGGAAGCUCAGGUUUAGGGUUAGGGUUUAAUGCGAAUGGUUUUGAUGAUGAGGACAAUCUCUUACCGGGUGCAUUGGGGAAGAAGAUAGCGGAUGGGGCAAAGAUGAGAGGGAAGGCAAAGAUGGAGAAGAGAGGUCAAGAGGGUGGUGGUGCAAAGGGAGGAAAGAAGAAUACCUUAGGAAGUGAUAUAGGUAAGUUUGAGAAAUCUACUAAAGGUAUAGGUAUGAAGCUGCUUGAAAAGAUGGGGUAUAAGGGAGGUGGGCUUGGGAAAAAUCAGCAAGGUAUUGUAGCUCCUAUUGAAGCGCAGUUGAGGCCGAAGAAUAUGGGUAUGGGGUAUAAUGAUUUCAAGGAGGCAAAGUUGCCUGAUUUAAAGAAGGUUGAGGAGAAGAAGAUUGUUGGGGUCAGUGUCAUUGAGAAUGAACAGAGUCAUGGUGAUAGAGGAGGGAAAAAUCUUUGGAAGAAGAAGAAGGUGAGGAAGGCAGUUUAUGUUACUGCAGAGGAGUUGUUGGAGAAGAAGCAGGAACAGGGCUUUGGUGGUGGUCAGACCAUUAUUGAUAUGCGAGGACCACAAGUUCGGGUUGUGACAAAUUUGGAAAACUUAGAUGCAGAGGAGAAAGCAAAAGAAGCAGAUGUUCCAAUGCCGGAGUUACAACACAACUUACGCUUGAUUGUUGAUCUAGUUGAGCAUGAAAUUCAGAAGAUUGAUAGAGACUUGAGGAAUGAAAGAGAAUCAGCCUUGAGCUUACAGCAGGAGAAGGAGAUGCUUAGAAAUGAGGAAGAGAAACAAAAAAGACACUUAGACAACAUGGAAUAUAUCGCAGAUGAAAUUAGUCGAAUUGAGCUGGAAAAUACGGCUGGGAAUUUGACACUGGACUCACUUGCGAAUCGUUUUGAGGACCUUCAAACAUGCUAUCCUGAUGAUUAUAAGCUUUGUAACUUGUCCACCAUUGCUUGCUCACUGGCCUUGCCUCUCUUUAUUAGGAUGUUUCAGGGUUGGGACCCUCUUAGGGAUCCAGUGCAUGGUCUCAAGGCUAUAUCUUCUUGGAGAAAGCUUUUGGAACUCGAGGAAGAUCAAAAUAUCUGGGUAGUUUCAACGCCUUAUAGCCAACUAGUCUCAGAGGUAGUGUUACCUGCUGUUCGAAUAGCAGGCAUUAAUACCUGGGAACCUAGAGACCCUGAGCCGAUGCUUAGAUUUUUAGAGACAUGGGAAAAUUUGCUGCCUUCAUCUGUCUUGCAUACGAUUUUGGAUACAGUAGUUCUGCCAAAAUUGUCAACUGCUGUUGAAUAUUGGGAUCCACGAAGGGAACUUGUUGCCAUCCAUGUUUGGGUGCAUCCUUGGUUGCCAAUACUUGGUGAGAAGUUGGAGUUUCUUUAUCAGAUCAUUCAGAUGAAAUUGAGUAAUGUUCUUGAUGCUUGGCAUCCCAGUGAUUCAUCUGCGUACACUAUUCUUUCCCCAUGGAAGACUGUUUUUGAUACUUCAAGCUGGGAACAGCUUAUGCGCCGUUACAUAGUUCCCAAACUUCAGCUGGCUUUGCAAGAGUUUCAGAUAAACCCGGCAAACCAGAACUUAGAACGGUUCCAUUGGGUUAUGAAGUGGGCAUCUGCAGUACCCAUACAUAUAAUGGCUGAUUUGAUGGGGAGGUUCUUCUUCCCCAAAUGGCUGGAUGUGUUGUACCUUUGGUUGCGUUCUAAUCCGGGGUUCGAAGAGAUCCACGGAUGGUAUUUAGGUUGGAAAGAGUUAUUCCCGCAAGAGCUUUCAGCAAAUGAGAGGAUCCGAAUUCAGUUAAAGCGUGGUUUAGAUAUGUUGAUGGAAGCUGUUGAAGGAGUUGAAGUGUCUCAGCCACGGGCAAGGUCAAAUGAGCAUACACAGUAUGAGCCGGCUCAGGCUCAAGCUCAGGCCAAGGCUCAGAUGGAUAGCACUGAGGUGCUGAGUUUGAAAGAAGUGUUGGAAGUAUUUGCGCAAGAGAAGGAGUUGCUGUUCAAACCUAAACCGAAUAGAAUGCACAAUGGUCUUCAGAUAUAUGGGUUUGGGAAUGUGAGUGUUAUUAUAGACUCAGUGAACCAGAAGUUGUUGGCUCAGAAAGAUGGAGAUUGGUAUCUUGUAACUCCUGAUGACUUAUUAAGGAUGCACAACAAUACAACUGUUUCUGGAAAAAGAUAGAUUUCGUUUCAUUUUGUAUGUUUUCUGAUGUAUAAACCAUCUUCAGUCUU